AUGGAUGCCAUUUUGUGGAAGCAUGUGGAUCCCCUGAACCUAGGGCUUUUCUCCUGGAGACCCUCCCCCUCGGGCCUGUGCCACGGAGCCGCUCACUGCAUCUCCCCCGACCCAGGGUCAGCGCGAAGUCUGGCCCAGUUUCCGAGCCAUGGAAGGGAGCGCGCGGGCCCGGCCGAGCCGUCGCUGCAGCGGAUGCUGCGGGCCAUCGGGGACGAGAGGAGCCGGCUGAGCGCCCGCCGGGACCCCGCCGGACUCGGGGGCUUCAAGGACGACCGCAUCGUGUUCUGGACGUGGAUGUUCUCCACGUCUUUCAUGGAGAAGUGCUCCCCUCGCCAGGACGACAUGCUCUUCUACGUCCGCCGCAAGCUGGCCUAUGGUGGGGGUGACGGGGCCGAGGCCAGAAAGGCCGGGGCGGACGUGGAGGCAGAGAUGGAGGCGGAGGUGGAGGUGGAAGUGUACCGCAGGGACUCCAAGAAGCUGCCCGGCCUCGGCGACCCAGACAUGGAUUGGGAGGAAUGUGUCUACCUGAACCUCGUUCUACAGAAGCUGGACUACACAGUCACCUGUGCUGUGUGCACACGCUCAGACAGUGGCGACAUCCACAUCCACAGAAAGAAGUCUCAGCAAGUGUUCGCCUCUCCGAGCAAGCAUCCCAUGGACAGCAAAGGAGAGGAAUCCAAGAUCAGCUACCCCAACAUCUUCUUCAUGAUCGACAAUUUUGAAGAGGUGUUCAGUGACCUGACCGUGGGCGAGGGGGAGAUGGUCUGCGUGGAACUGGUGGCCAGCGACAAGACGGACACGUUCCAAGGGGUCAUCUUCCAGGGCUCCAUCCGCUACGAGGCCCUCCGGAAGGUCUACGACAACCGGGUGAGCGUGGCUGCCAGGGUGGCCCAGAGGGUGAGUUUUGGCUUCUACAAGUACCACCCCAUGGAGUUCGUGCGCAUGAAGGGGCCGCAGGGCAAGGGUCACGCCGAAAUGGCCGUCAGCCGCGUGGCCACCGGGGACACGUCGCCCUGCGGGACGGAGGAGGGCUCCGACCCCGCCUCCCCAGUGCACGACAGGGUGACGUCGUUCAGUACGCCCCCCACCCCGGAGCGCAGCCACCGCCCCUCCUUCUUCUCCCCAUCCCUCAAGAGGAAAGGGCCCCGCAACCGCAUCACCGAGAUGAAGAAGUCGCACUCGGCCAACGACAGCGAGGAGUUCUUUAGGGAUGACGACGGGGAAGCAGAUCUGCCACUCCCGAGCAGCCUGCGGUCGCGGUCCCUGUCGGGGACGGGGCGCUCUCUGGUCGGGUCCUGGCUGAAGCUCAACCGUGCGGACGAACGCUUCCUGCUCUAUGCCCACCUCACCUACGUCACACUGCCGCUCCCGCGCAUCCUUACUGACAUUCUGGAAGUGCGGCAGAAGCCCAUCCUGAUGACAUAGAGGAGGAGGAAGAGGAGAAGGAGGAGGAGGAGAGACUGGUGGUGUGGUGCUGCCUGGAAGCUGCCAAGUGCCUACUGCUGCAGUGGUUUUCUGCACCAACACUACCACCUAGUAUCCAGAGGGUGCACCUACAUGGGAGAAAACCAGGGAGAGUCUCUCUCUCUCUCUCCAUCUCUCUUUCUUCUUCUUCUUCCUCCCCACCUCGAAACCAGCCAAGCUCAAGUGCCUCUUUCUUCUUCCCGUGACGGGCCUCGAGUCCCACGCGCAGCCCUGCAGCGAAGCAGCACAUCCAGUGUCCAGGCCGGAGGAGGAUGCAACACCAAACCAGAAGUACCUGAGGAGAGAAAGAAGAAAAAUCCAAAAUGGCUCUAUGAACAAGUGGUGGACAGUGUUUACUUUCUAACAGAGUGGACAGGGAGCGCUGGACUUGAUGUGCUUUGUUCAGAAAGCCACGGUUCGCAUUUCAUAACGACAUACCAAUGAGUUCCCCCCCGCCACCGCCCCCCAUCAUCAGCCCCCUUCCCCGUCUGCCCGAGUGGCUGCGUGGGCACGGAGGGCUCAGCGGUGGUGACGAGAGACAACAUUCCUCUGCCUCUGUUUGUGGCGCAGAUUCUCCAACCUGUUUACGGUGGGGUCCCCCCCGCCCCCGUGCCCCCAGCCAAAGAGCAAGGAAAUCAAAGUGAGACACCCCCCCCCACCCCCAAGUUGGCUGGAAAGGGCCGAGUGAGACCCUCACAUCUCUGAGAACCGGCCACCCAUCAGCUGGUCGGUCCCCAGGCCCGAGACCUCUCCGUAGGAGGUCGGUCCCUCUGUGGCCCAUGCCCAGCCCCUGGGUGGUGGGGGUGGGAGAUGCCCCGGCCUCUAGGGCUCCCCCCGAGAGGACCUGAAGGGGCUCCCCGGGUUUGGACGUGGCCCUUAAGGGCUGACCUCAUCAGCCGUCCAGAUGCAUUCGAGAACAGAGAAUUGGCUGUUGGAAGAAGUACGGGCAGCCUCUUCAGAAUGCUUCCGGGGAGAGGCUUUUUUCAGGCCUUAGAGUGUUGCGCUGUGUGAGUGUGUGUGUGUGUGUGUGUCUGUCUGUCCAUCCGUCCGUCCAUCCUGCCCUUUCCCGGGACGGUCGUACUCGAGCCUCGUUCUUAUUCCAGGGCGCAGGACCCUGGGCGGUCCCUACAUGUCCAUCUGUGUCCCCUCUCACCCCCAGCCCUUGGGCUGAGACCGUUCCACCAUUAGUGACGUUCCCACGGGAGCCGAUGAUUCCCGAGGAUCGAUCGGGCCGGCCAGAGGCGGUUCGAGUCGGGUUUUCACUUAGCGCCGCCUGACCCCCAGCCGGUCAGAGCCAAGGGGGCGGGGCAGCGAUGGGACUUGUUGAGCACCUCCUUGGGGGCAAUGCACUGUACAUGUAGUAGACAUAGUAGUAGUAGUGGUGGUGUUUAUUGAGCGCCCCUGGGGGCAGAGCAUUGUAGUAUUGGUAUUUACUGAGUACCCCCUGGAGGCAAUGCACUGUACUGUUAUUUACUGAGCGCCCCUGCGGACCGGUCACUAGUAUUGGUAUUUAGG